AUGUAGCAGCAGCAGGAGCAGUCUACAGUAAAGAGGCAACCAUGUAGCGCUGAGAGUAGAAAUAUUUCAAUCUGACUGGCUAAAUAAUAUGUCCUCAUGCAUUCAUGUCUUUAUAAACGAGUAGCGUAUCAACAUGUCUUGGUGAGAAAAACUGGACGCUCGGGCGGAAAUACAAGGCGAGGGAGUCGAGUGUGAAACCGAAGCCUGUUACAUAGAGCACUCGUUUGGACGUUUGGGAGCUGCGUUGGGCUACUCUUCUGCUCUUUUAUUCAACUUAGGCGUUUUAUCAGCCUUUUAAAUGAUUGCACUUAUCGGGCUACGCAUACUGUACACUCGGGGGAAGGGCGUGUAACGCUAACGGAUACCGGGGUUUGUAGUUCGCACAGGGGUCUGUCCAUCCGCGUUACCGCCCCGUUUCCUCCCCUGUAGGCUAAUAGCACGGCCAGGAGAAGGCUGAAAGCACCGUUUUAAGAUUGGACUAUAAACAAAAAGCUGCUUGCACCAUGGGGAAUACAACCUCCUGCUGUGUGUCGUCGAGCCCUAAACACCGGAGGAACAACCACUCCAGGCUCGAGCCCUACCGGCCGGAGCCGGAGCUGAGCCGGGAGGACACGGGCUGCAACCUCCAGCACAUCAGCGACAGAGAGAAUUUAGACGAUUUGCCCAUGGAGUACAAUCCCUCAGAUCAUCCUCGGGCCAGCACCAUCUUCCUCAGCAAGUCUCAGACUGACGUUGCUGUGCCAAGCAAGAGAGUUCGAGAAAAACGGAAGAGCCUUUACAUCAACCAUUUCACACACAUUUCGGAGAACAAGCAUCAUCCAGGCCUGGUGAGACGGAAGUACAGCUCAUGUUCUACUAUAUUCCUCGAUGACAGCACUGUCAGUCAGCCCAACCUCAAAUACACCAUCAAAUGUGUCGCCCUUGCAAUAUACUACCACAUAAAAAACAGAGAUGUGGACGGCAGAAUGUUGUUAGACAUUUUCGAUGAGAAACUGCACCCGCUCUCGAAGUCUGAAAUUCCUCCUGAUUAUGAAAAACACGACCCUGAGCAGAAGCAGAUCUACCGUUUUGUCAGGACGCUGUUCAGCGCCGCACAGCUCACGGCCGAGUGUGCCAUUGUCACGUUGGUGUAUUUGGAGCGGCUCCUGACCUAUGCUGAAAUCGACAUCUGCCCCGUCAACUGGAAGCGCAUCGUGCUAGGAGCCAUCCUACUGGCAUCCAAGGUGUGGGACGACCAGGCGGUGUGGAACGUCGACUACUGCCAAAUCCUCAAGGAUAUCACAGUGGAGGACAUGAAUGAGCUGGAGCGGCAGUUUCUGGAGCUGCUGCAGUUCAACAUCAACGUGCCGUCCAGCGUCUACGCCAAGUAUUACUUUGACCUGCGCUCCAUGGCAGAGGCCAACAACCUCAGCUUCCCCCUGGAGCCCCUCAACAGAGAGAAGGCCCAGAAACUAGAGGCCAUCUCUCGGUUGUGUGAUGACAUAUACAAGGACUUGAGGAAACAAGCAAAGAAGCGGUCAGUGAGCGCAGACAACCUGACGGUGGUGCGGUGGUGUCCGGCCAUCCUUUCCUAACACUGGGAUAGACCUGUCACACAUACUGUACUUCUACCUGGUUAACCAGGUGGGCAGCAGUGCUGUGGAUCAGUACACACACAUACACACAAUAUGGCACUUUUCUACAAAUGUGAUGGCACCCUCUCUGGCUGUUGUACAUAAAAUAAGUUCCACUGGCUGCCUGCACUGAACCAAACAGAGCUGAGCUGAACCAAACGCAAGUGUGUGAGUGAUCGGGAUGAGCACCUCGAGUGCAGAAGAGGACGCCUAACAUAAAUACAAAUGGCAAUAUAUGAGAGACUACGUGAUAGGAAAAUAGGAUCGAGCUUAAGGCGAGAAACAACAGCGUCCAUCAUUCCCUCUGAGGCUCCACGGGCCUGUGAUUGAGGAAGACCUUGUACAUUCCUUUCUUUCUAAAUCUGGUUCAGUCAGUUUCUUCCUUACCUGAGGCAUGAGAAGACUUUUUAAAAGCUGACAGGCACAUUGAAACGCUUAACUCCUUGUUGUUGUUUUUGCAUUCCCCAUCCAGCAGAAAGUCCUUGGAGCAGAAGGAAACGUACACAAAGGAAAGACAUGUACAUUCCACUGUUACCUUGUCGAUAAAUGUGACUGGACUACAUACCGUAUUCAUUUACAUCGUAGCCCAUUAUUAAACUUCUCAUAAGGAUCUGGGAAUUCAACCCCUACAGUUACAGUUUCUGUUACAGCAAGGCCAUACUUUAGAUAAACUAAAAGCAAUAUCCAUGCAUUGCUUUGUUGUUGUGAUUAAACGAGAUUAAGCAUGCAUACUUGGGAAACGACUGAUUGGAAGACAGCGCUCCGUCAGACGUGAGACAUACUGUAGAGCUUAUGUUAUUCACUGCCAUUGUCCUGACCUGUGGUGCCUGUAAUAAGCUAGCUAACACUUCUCCCCUUUCUACUGCAGGAAUAGAACAAAUAACUGAAGUAUUUUGUGUCAACAUUUUGUACCGUUCUUCCAGCUAACAACGAAACAGCACAAGUGACAUAUUGACAUUUAGGAUCCACAAAACGCAUGAUUCUUCAGGGUUGUUCUGGUGAGUACCCAAAUGAAUGGAAAAGCAUUAAUCAAACCCCGCUUACAAAAAGAUAGAUUGUAUACAUUUUGCUAAAUCGUCUCUGUACAGUGUAGAUACAGCGCCGGUGUGCAUAAUCUGUAGACUGAGGUUGUACUGUAAAAGAAAAACUGAACGUGUUGGAAUAUGUAUAUUGGAUCAGUUUUUACUGUACAUGAGGGGGGUAGUAAAUAUGUUUGAUUCCUUGUUCAUAUGAAAAAAUCUAUUAAAAACUAAAGUGAAGUAUUCAGAUUUAAAUGGGAGAUGCCACUUACGAUUUUUGGUCUGUUUUUAUUGUUACGAUGUUUUCACAAUGCAGAAAAUGCCAUGAUUUUAUAUGUCAGGAUGUAUACGAGUGGAUUUAGUCUGGUUUCAUUCAUUUUUGUCUUUUUUUUCAUUUGUCUUAACCCAAGUCUGUGGAAGCAUUGACAGAUUUAUUUUCCUUAGCGAUGACGCUUGUUUGCAAGUGACAAAAUUAAAAUAAGCGAAACUGUCAA